AUGGUAACGAAUGAUACUGGAAGUCGAUCCAUCGAAUCCUGUAUAAACGCUACCUGCAGCAGCGAAAUGGGACCCACUAGCGGCUUCAUGGAAUCCCCGAACUAUCCGCAAAACUACCCAGAUGACAUCACGUGCAAAUGGCUCAUUAAGGCUCCAAAAAAGCGUCGAAUCUUGAUUUUCGUAAUCGACCUCCACCUGGCGGACGACAACUGCGGAGAUUACUUGGUAAUGAGAAGAAACAAGUCGCCUUACUCUCCGGUGACGUUCGAAGCUUGCACCAGUCGCGCCCACCCGAUCGUGUUCACCGCCAGGACGCGCAGGCUUUGGGUAGAGUUCCACUCGGACCACGCCAACAGUCUUCAGGGGUUCCACAUGCGAUACGUGUUCUACGAAGACAAGUACCACGCGCUGAUUGAGGAUAUCGUUCACGACAAUCGACUAUUCUCGAUGCCGCACCACGAGGCGAUUUUGAAGAACCGAAAGUUCCUCAACUUGUUCAUGGACGUCAUCGCCGAGCCGAAUAACUACCGCAAGUACCUGAACAUUUCGCUGCAAAUAUUUCCAAAGUCGUUCUUUGACCUGCUCUGGCCGAAAGUCCACCGCUUCUUCGACCUGGGAGACUGGGCCGUAUGUUGUCCAUCGUCGAAUGCCGUGUCGUCUGUGCUGCGGACGGCGUUUGGGCUGGAUUUCACUGCAGUGCUGUUUCGUCGAUGUUUCACGAACGGUAGCACGGAAACGUUUGCCGGUUCAACGUCUGGACUUUGCGCUCGAAACGUGUCCAAUUCUCAUUAG